UUCUUCUCUUCUUCUAUAACUAUUUUUCAACAAAUUUGUUGCUCAUCUAAUUAUUAUUCCAUGGGAAACGCAAUGGUUUGUUACAACCCUAAUCAGAGAUUAUCAUUGAUAAAACUCAUCUUUUGGGAAGGAACCACGAGGAUUCUCACCGGAAAAAAGACUUUGAUGGCCGGAGAAAUCAUGUUCGAGUUCCCUGACCGGAUGGUCUGCCAUGCAGACUCAUUCUACAUUGGUCAACCCAUCCCUGCGCUAGCCAUUGAAGAGGAGCUCCUCAUUGGUCAAACCUACUUUGUACUUCCCAUUGACUGCUUUCCAUGCAAUGUGCUUUCGGCCUCCGCCUUCGCGGCUCUCGUUGCACUACAAGAAAAACGGGUAUUUCCUACGAAGCUGGUUGCCGGUUCUCGUAGUCCUCUGAGGACGAAGCCCGCAAUCAGCUUUAAGGACACUACAUUUGAGUACAUCAAGGGGUCUAAUGGUAGGGUUUUGAUCAAAGUUUCUCCGGAAUUCAUGGUCAAGAUUAUGACUAUAGGGAAAGAGAAUGGGAAUGAGCAAGUCAUGGGUAAUAGCCCUAGUAGUUUUCUUUGUAGCACGCCGGAGUUGAAGAAGCAUUAUCAUAUGUUGAUUGGAUCAAAAGGUCAGAUGUGGUCGCCAAAGUUGGAUACCAUAUCGGAAUGUAAGAUUGUUAGCAAGUUUUCUCCACGAAGAUAUAUAUCGAAAAAUAGGAUUUCAUAUUAGUGAAAAUGGUAGUUAUAUUA